AAGAUCAUCGAUCCUUCCCCUCCAUGACAACAGAUGAAUGGUGAAAGUCGGGAUUUCAAUUUAGCAAGAUUGUGCAGUUUGUCAAUCGGUGAUAACAGAUCUUCGGCCACUGAAUUACUCUUGAUCGCAUUUAGUCCCGUCUUCUCCGGGUAACAAUGAGUGCCACAGCGGUAACAAAGCUUGCAAAGCCUCCCAUGCGAAAGCUGUUCUACAACGAAGCCAAAAAGCAAUUGGCUGGUGCAACCAUAUUUUCCUUUUCAGUCGUUGGUGCAUGGAAAUUCUUUGUGACAGAUCCCAAGAAGGAGAAAUUUGCAGAAUUCUAUGCAAAUUAUGACCCAGAGGCGGAAUACAAGAGGCUGAAAGCUUGUGGUGUUUACAAAUCUAUUCCCAAUGAUGAUUAAUUUGUUUGUCUCUUCAUGUAAGAUAGGUAUUAGAAUCCAACUGUCCUCAUUUCUUUCAUUUCAUACUUUUUCUGUAUAUUUAAGCUUUUCUCCGUUAAAAUAAAAAAUGUUGAUUUAAAAUAAUAUCUCAUUUAA